GUCCUGUUCCCUCUCUUUUGGCCAUUCAAGAUAGUGAUAAUGUUAAUUUUCAAGAAGAGAAAACGCGAGAACCUACGCACAAGGCCGACGUUCAAGGGUGUUCUAACGGCGUUUUUUGCCACCGUAGCCGCAAUAUUCCUCUUGUUACUCGCCGGCAUAUCCCUCGCUGGCACAGCCGUGGCAUUUAUCGCCACUAUGCCACUAUUCCUCGUAUUUAGUCCGGUUCUCGUACCAGCGGGUAUUACCACUACCUUGCUGGCUACGGGUUUAGCUGCCUCCGGCGGCUCUGGUGCGACGGCUCUCACCAUCUUCAUGUGGCUCUACAAGCAACUCACGGGAAAAGAUCCUCCAAAAAUUCCAGGGUUGACGCCCGAUGCAGAUGGCUCACCAGGUGCCUCACCAGGUGGUUCACCAGGUGACUCAUCAAGUGGUUCACCAGGUGCUUCAUCACCAAGUGACUCAUCAGGUGCCCCACCAGGUGGUUCACCAAGUGACUCACCAGGUGCCUCACCAGGUGGCUCAUCAGAAGAUAUGUCGGGGGGCAUGCCAAUGCAACCGGCAACAGCAGAAGAGAAACCCGCAUCUAAACCGGCAGCCAAACCACCAGCUAAGCUAGCAGCUAAACCAAAAUCUAAACCAGCAGCUAAGCCAGCAGCUAAACCAAAAGCUAAAUCAAAAGCUAAACCAGCAGCUAAGCCAGCAGCUAAACCAAAAGCUAAACCAGCAGCUAAACCGAAAUAA